CGGUGGGGCGGUGGGAGGGGGGCAAUGCAAAUAAUACAUAACAAUUCCUCCGCUUAGAUUCUUCUUCGGCGCUGUGUGUUAUUUCAUGUCGCACUUGGCUCUCUCUGGCAUCUCUGGCAAAGUGAAUUUCAUUCCAAUCAUCGGCCUGCUGAUAUUGCUGAUGGAAAAAAGAGAGAGAUGGAUUGCCCGGCAGGGGUGAAAAAAAGUUCAUCAUCAAUUACAGUACAGGACGUUCAUCAUUGGCUUUGAGCUCAUUGCCCUUUGCCUUCAUUACUCCGUUACCUUCUUCUUCUACUUGUAACGACGUCGCAACUCUUUUUUUUUUUCUCUCUUCCGGCUCUUAUUAAUUUCCGUUGAAAUAUUCAUAUCGACUCCCAUCGGCAGAGCACACGACGCGAUGAUAGAAAUCCCUAGCAGAACCGAGCGACGACAUUUUCUCUCCUUUUUUUUAUUUUCUUCUUCUUCAUCAUUGAAAAUAAAAAGGGAAAAAGAAGAAGAAGAAGUGAGGGUUAGGAGAGAGCAGCAGAGCCAGAAGGAGGGAAUAAGGAAAAUUAAAAAAAGAAAUAGUCAACUGAGGCGGAAAGGAGGCCUUGAGUAAUUAAGGAUUUCAAUUAGCUUUACCCAUCCUAUCCCAACCCACCCUCCUACCCCACCCUGCAACUGAACAAGGCCCAGCACGGGAGCAAUCCCGUUUUUUUCCCCUCCUCCUCCUCCCAUCUUCAAACAUCAGCCACGGUACGGUACGCACCGAUCUCAAUCCGAUCACAGUCUCCAAGCGCAAUCACAUUUUUUUUCUCCUCCCUUCGUCUUCUUCUUCUUCUUCUUCUACUCUUAUAAAUCAAAUAGAAACUGUGGAGAAUAAAUCCCGAAUGUGAAAAAUUAAUGAAUCCCUACCUUACAGACUGUAUAGUGAAUACCCCGCACCCGAUGGAGAAAAAAGAAAAAGAAAUAAAAACAUAUAAAACAUUGCCGAACAUACAGGUUGGAUGAGAACCUUUUAAGGAUUAUUUAUACACACACAAACGCGGAGGAGGAGGUGCAUGGAGAAGAAAGUAUUUAGCGUGUGUGUGUGUGUGUGUGUGCUAUCUACCAUUUGAUUUGAAGAACCGGUGCUCGCUGCUGCUCUGUGUGCAUGUGUAGUUAGUGAAGAGAAGUAGAAAAGACGGGGGGAUCAUGUAAUUGAACUUUAAAUUUGUAAUGAAUUGCGGAGAGAGAGAGAGAGAGAGGGACGGAUGGGAGCGCUCGGUCCUUCUAAUAUUCCACAGGCAAAUGAAAAACAAUCGAAAAAUUGCAGUUUUACAGUCUGAGACAAGUUGUUUGUGUGUCUUGUCUAGUGAACUGGGGGUCGGGGGAGUAGGAGAAGGAAAUAUUUGAAAUCAGUCGAGCGGCAAAUGAUAAUAACCGUCGAGCAAUAAGGGACGUUGAUUGAUUCCACGUUGAUCUCGUUUUGAUUUUUACAUGAAACUAGACGUAUACAGAAUAAGAACGCGGUGCCGUGGGUGGGCGUCUUUUUGCCUCGAUUACAAUUUAAAAUAAGGUUAGAAUCCCGCAUCUAUGUGCUGUUUGUUGGCCAUCAGGUCGACGAGGGAUUUGUCAACCUGGGGGAAAUUAUAUGUGGAAUCCCAUCACGUCCUUAAUUCUCACUUGUCUACCUUACCCCCCACCUCUCCACCGUCUUAAAAUCCCGAAGCGACAUGAUGGCGGACAUUUUAAAUACAUCCACCGGAAAGAAGAAGACCAAGCAGCGGACUGGAUAGGAACUGUCCCUGCCCGGCUUGGAUCCCAACAGGACGUGCCCAAAGUUCAUCAGGUGGACGGGGUUUUGUUGUUUUGUAGGUUUUGAUUCGCCCAUCAUCCGAAAUCGAAGGGCCCUGGCAAAAGGAGCGGAAAAAUUCGACGGGGCGGCGAUUGUGAGAGACGGUGGAAGUAACAAGGUGCUGCUGGGCGAUCGACAAAAGCUGGACCGGAUCCAGCUCGUCUCCUACCCUAAAGGGGGCUACAGGUGUGAGCGCCAUGUUGGUUGAGUCCUGCUGCAGCACAAUCAACGGCUGGCGUGCAACAACUCUCUCGCCACUGGCUGGACACUUUUCUUCCCUUUGCCAUUUCUGACUUAUUUUGAAACGAAACAAACUCGGCAUUUUGUGUUCGAGCCGAACAAAAUGAUCGCCGCUUGAUUGAUCUUGUCCGUUAUUAAUAGUGUGUAGUUUCCAGUCGUAGUUUGUAGCCAGAAAAAGUAAAAUUAAAUUCACAAUCUCUCAAAAAAGUUGAAUUGAUUUGAAACCAAAAUUUGUCGUUGGUGAAUAAAAAGGUGAAACAAGUGCCAGUGGGUGUGUGGUGGGGAGGGCGGCCAUUUUUGUUUCCUUCCUCUUGGACUAAAUAUCCGAUUCGGUGCGGAAGGAAAAGAAAAGAAAAUAAUUCCGCUAAUUAAAAGAGAAAAAGGUUACGAUUGUCGUGUUGGUGGUGUGAGAGUUUCCGGUGUCGUAAUGAACCGCCGUUCGUUGUUCAUAACCGACCAUUCGCAUCAUCCGCAUCAUCAUGACCGUCUGCUGGGCUGCUCGGCGGCCGCCGCUGCCGCUGACUACAAGAAUCCGCACCUUCUGCUCCACAACCCGGAAGACAGCCACAACGGCGAGGAAGACGAUCAUGCGGCGGCCGGGCUGGGCGAGGAAAUGGCACCGCUGCACAAGCAGCAGAGCACCGACAACCAGACCGACUCGGAGCAGACGAUGACCUCUCACCUGUCCCUCCCUCACUUCGCCCUCCAUCGCCAGCGCAAGACGGACAAGGUCAAGAGCAGCAACAAGAAGCACAAGCACUCGGACGGCAGCUAUUCCGACAGCUCCAGCAGUUUCAUCCGACAGGGCUCGGCCGAUUCCAACUACUCGCAGCCUUCGUCGGAUCUGUCGCUGGACGAUGAACGUGAAGCGCUCCGUCGGGAAACCGAACGCCUGGCCCUGGCCCAACUCGACAAAGCAAGAACUAAACCGGUGGCGUUUGCCGUGAGGACCAACGUAUCGUACGACGGGACGAUCGAUGAUGACUCGCCCGUCCACGGCAGUGCCGUAUCCUUCAACGUCCGCGAUUUUUUACAUAUCAAGGAGAAAUACGACAACGACUGGUGGAUCGGCAAUCUAGUCAAGGAGAAUUCGGAUGUGGGUUUCAUACCCAGUCCGGUCAAGUUGGAGGCGUUGCGCGUGCAACAACAGGGACAGCAGCAGCAGGUGAGGAAUUCCCGGUUGUACGCCGGCAAGGCCUCCUCUUCGUCCAACCUCAGCGCCCUCAACGAUGUCCUCUCCAAUAGCAAAAGCUCCAAUUCUCGUGGAUCCACUCCGCCCACACCAGGAGACAACUCCGACUCGAUGGGCGGCUCCAAAUUGAACAAGAGCGGGUUACCGGGCGGCGGGGCCGGUUCAAAGGAAAAGCGUAAACCUUUCUUUAAGAAGACGGAAUCGAUCCCGCCGUAUGAUGUGGUGCCUUCCAUGAGACCCGUGGUGCUGGUCGGGCCGUCGCUCAAAGGCUACGAAGUCACCGAUAUGAUGCAGAAGGCUCUCUUCGACUAUCUCAAGCACCGCUUCGAAGGGAGGAUCAUCAUAACGAGGGUGAGUGCAGACAUUUCACUGGCCAAACGCUCGCUGCUCAACAAUCCUUCAAAGCGGGCGCUUAUGGAGCGGUCCAACUCACGUUCCAACUGCAUUGCCGAAGUCCAGGCAGAGAUUGAACGAAUCUUUGAGUUAGCCAGAACGCUUCAGUUGGUCGUCCUGGAUUGUGAUACGAUCAAUCAUCCAUCUCAAUUGGCCAAGACCUCGCUGGCACCUUUGAUAGUUUAUCUGAAGAUCUCCUCCCCAAAAGUGCUUCAGCGGUUGAUCAAAUCACGGGGCAAGUCGCAGAGUCGUAACCUCAACGUCCAGAUGGUAGCGGCCGAGAAGCUGGCACAGUGCCCUCCCGAGAUGUUCGAUAUCAUCCUGGAUGAGAACCAACUGGAAGAUGCCUGCGAACACAUCGCCGACUACCUCGAGGCCUACUGGAGGGCCACCCAUCCGCCGAUCAAGACGCCGCCGCAACCCACCGUACCACGGCCGCAGGUGACGGCCAGUGUCACGGCCACUUCACCCACACACCAUCCGGAUCACCACUCUCGAUUAGCGGCCGGACGGAACGUUGCCUCUCCGCCAGCUGUCGAAGUGCCGGAAUCUUACGGGAGAAUGCGUAGCAGUAAAGUGGUGGCUUACCAUUCAACCCGAGGCCGUCCGUCGCGGAGUAGUGACGCCGAACAAGACGAGGACUUGGGUCCUUCGCCGUUGCCGCCUCAGCAGCAUCACCACCAUCAACUUCAUUCGCAACAACAGCAUCAUCCGCAAUUACAGCGGACUCAUUCGCGAGAUUACGACUCUCGGGACUACCGUGAGAUGCGUGAAAUGCGUGAUCCUCGGGGUGAAAUGCGUGACUACCAUCACCAGAGGGACUACCACGAUCACCAUCCAUCUCACCAUCAUCAUCAGCAACAGCAGCAGCGACACCAACAACAAUCACACCACCUCCACCAGCAACAGCAGCAACAACAUCAUCAUCAACAACGCGAAUGGGAUGACGUCGACGAUAUGCCGGUUGUGCCAGUGGUCGGAGCGUCUGGUGGGGGCCGUGUUCUCCAGCGGCAUCACUCGCGGGAGUCGGAUUACCCACAGUCGCCUGUCCAUCGCAACGUGAGGCGAACGCCGGCCAACCCCAUCUAAUUAAAGAAAAUUAACAAAAUAAAUAGUUCACCGACAAUUGUGCUCGAACGACCUUAUCAAAAAAGAGUCUUUCUGUUCUUUCUCUUCGUCUGGUGCUGAACGGAUUCUGACAAAUUUCGUGAAAAGCGGAGAGGAAAACACUUGAUCGCAAAACCUAACCAAAAAAGAGACAAAUGAAUAAUGAGAAAAAACAUGUUGCUAUUUCCCCAUCUCUCUUUCUCUUUUUUGAUUUUUUGUCUUUUUCUUCCUUAGGAAAACAAAAUAUUCUUCGUAUUUAUUUGGCGCGGUCAACGUCCCGCUUCUUUAGGUUUUCAGUUGGUUCGGAACGUUCGGCGAUUUUGGACUUAGCAGCCAAGUGGAUGGAUCAGAUGAAGAGUCGCUGAAUGGAUUUGGAAUUUCCUUUUCUUUUCUUUUUUUUAAAUUCAUUUCCUCGUGAUUUCUCCUUUUUCAAAUCAUUCAAAAUCCGCGUUCCUCCCCUCUCCUCAUCCCGUGUAAACGUCUUUCACGCAGCCUUACACACCACACCACACCGAUACUGACCACUCCGACCUUGAUUUGAUUGAUCCUUUGAUGAAAUUCUAGUCAUUAGAUCAGCGACCAACUGUUUCCCUAAAAUUUCUUUUUGAUUUAUUCAUUCAUUUUUUUUUUUUAAUCAAACAUUUCUUUUUAGGGAAGUCAUCGACCAUUUUUUGGAAUUUAUUGAACUAGCCACACAUCUAGUUUUUUUUUCUCUCCGUUUGUCUCGUCAGCCGAGCAAGCAAAAACUAAAGUUUUUAUCUGCAGUGAAAAUCGCCGAUUAGGCGACUUUCAGUUUCUGCCUAUAAAAAAACAAAACACGAUAGUCAAUUUUAUAAAUAAAUUCCCGAUAGAUUUUUUGCAAGGAAAACGUUUUGAUGCUCGCUAUUUGUAAUUGUUCAAACAUUUUCGCAACCAACCAAAGAUCAAACCUUUUUACAUUUAUUUAGUGUCCAAUUUUUUUCUAAAGCCCCUGGAUGCAGCAUUGCAGCCGCUUCCCCCUCCUCCUCCCCUCCCUUUUUCGAAUAUUUUUGCAGAAAAUUCAAUAACUUUUUCAAAUUCUUUUGUUUUUUUUUACGGCACUUUGGUCGUUGGCUUUAUAUAAAUGCCUAAAUGACGCAAAAUUUGGAUAGGUACAUAUCGUUCGAUUUUGUUUCCCUUUGAGUUGGUCCUAUAUUCGGUUGCCACACUGUUGUCAGGUUCGUGAAAGAUGGAAGAUUUUUUGGGUUUUAUUUCGGAGUGGUACGACCUCGACUUCCUUUUUCCUUUUGGGUCUUUCUGUAUUUCAUUUGAUUUUUUUUUUUUCAAAAUUCCCGCCGCUUUUUGGGUCUCCCCGCCCUCGAAUGCCAUCUGUGAAUGGUGUUGUGAAAACUACUACUAAUAUAAUAAUAAUAAAUAAUAACUAAAAAAGAAAAAAAAUAUUAUACUAUGCUGUAUAAAGAUUUAUACAUAAAUAUUGUGACGACCGUAGACUCUGGCAGUCCUCCCCCUUUAUACAUAAAUACAAUCGCUCUUCAAUUCAACAUUUUUAAAAGCUACAAUUUAAUUUAUGGCUAUGUUUUUUUUUUAAAUUUGAUACACCAAAAAAUUAAUUUUUAUCGUCAAUUUCAUCGUUAUUUAUUUGGGCCUAGUUUUCUUGAAGAAAAAAAAAACUCUUUUUUUCCUCGUGUGUGUACGUGUGUGUCUGAGUGUAUGUGUGUGGUGUAUUUGAUUUGCCCUCCCGAUUACCCCCGCUAAAGCAAAACAAGAAAAAGAAAAUGAUCGAUCCAUAUACCGGAAAUAUUCGAGAGAAAACUGACAACCCGAAAGACGGAUGAUGUGGAACUUGAACAAAAAUGGGCGGAUGCCCAAAAACAAAAAACGAGCAAGAAGAAAAAUCUCGUCACAACUUCUUUACCCCCUCCCCCUUUCUUCUCUUUAUCUCUUUUCUUGCAUUGUAAAUACAGAUAAUGAAAUUUU